UGUACAUGGGUAUACCGUAUACUUACAUCUUAGGGCUAAUACCACUGGAACCGAACUAUUAACUUUGUGUCAUUUGUGUCCUAAAGUAUUCGAUACGACAUUUGUGUCCCAAACUAUUUUUCCGUUAGAGUUGACCGGCAUUGACUGUUAGUUUUUAACAGAAAAUCUAGUCAGCGCUGAUGUGGCAUCUGAAGUGGAAUAUAUAUUAUUAAUUUAUUAUUAUUUUCCAUAUAAAAAAUUAAAAUUCCAAAAUUAAAAAAAAAAACUAAUUACCCUUCCCUCUCCCGUCUCCCAACCUCCGCCGCCGCAACCUAAAGAAGAAAUCGACGGCGUCACUAUGGCCACCGGUGCCGUCGCGGAGGAUCGGCUCAAACUAUGUUCCGCCGACGCCAUAGCUAUUUCCUCUCCCUCCCGACCAUAUUCCCCGUCACUUCUCACUCCCCUUCCCUUCUCAUUCGCCGACGGAGGCCCUGGCAAUAUCGGAGGUGGGGGCGAUUGAUUCUGUGGUGGUGGCGGCGGCGACUCUGGGGAGUGGGCGCCAAAACCCUUGCCCAAAAGGCCAAAACCCAGAUCCCUUCAUCGCUCGCCUUCUUCAGCUGCGCCUCGUCGAAUUUCGAGAAAUCGAUUCCAGUUCCACAAGGAUGCAAUCAAAAUCGGAGAGAGAUUUCAAAAGGGGGGGGGGGGGGGGGGGGGGGGGGAAGAGGAACAAUGAAUUCAAUUUGCUUGCCUGCAGCGAACGGUGGCAUCGACGGUGAAAGCGACGAGGAAACUACCGGGAUUCUCCUCGUCCUCCUCGAUCCGAAUCGUCUCCUUCAUGACGUCGACGUCGUUCCUGAUCGUCACGGCCUUCUGGUGCUCGACAGAGAAGGAGGAGGGUCCUGGGGGGUUUUGUGUUCUUGUUUCAUCGAUUCCCGCCGCCGGAGAAGACGAUUCAUCUCCCUCUCGCCUCUAUUCUUCGACUGACCUAGCGCAGCAACCAGCCACACAGAUCUCUCUCUCUCUCUCUCUCUCUCUUAUACUGGAUUUGGCGGUGACGGAGGAAGAAGGGAAGAUGGUCGAUGUCAAGAGGGAGGGAGAGCUGUUUUUCUUUUAUUUUAUUUUUUUAAGUGACAUAAAAAAAAUAAACAAAAAUUAGGUUUAAUCAUUUUUAUAACAAUAUAUUUUUUAUUUAAUUUUUAAUUAAAAAUAUGAGGUGUCACUGACGUGGCAUCUACGUGGUUGCCACGUCAACAAAAGCCAAUGUUAAUG